UAUAUUUAGUAGCGUAUGUCAGUUUUAUUUAGCACUAAAAAUUGAAACCACAGGAAGUAUAAGCAAUAAAAUACUAUAACAAUUUAUUAUUGAGUAUCUAUUGAUUAAAUAAAGUUAUUAUUUAACUCCAGGUCAACUUUGAUUGUAAACCCAUGAUUAAAGCCCUGGUCAUCCCAUCUUUUUGGUAUCCAAAUCUACUGUGACCAACAUGUACUUUUUUUUUACUGUAGGCUGUGAUUUUAGUGAUUAUUUGGCUGCUAUUUUUAGUAGGUCAGACAACCACAGGUUUCCUCCGUAAUUUUAAGACACGUCAUUGCCUGAAAGGUUGUGAAGAGUUGAAACUUUAGGUUACCGUUUCUGUUGAAAAUCUCGUUCUGAUUUUGAUUUUUUGAUUUUCUUUUUCCACAUUUAACUAGUCACCAAGAGGAUUAUUUAGCUGAGGUAAACGAAAUUCUUUGGUUAUGCAGCUGAACAUAGAAAUAUCACUCUAUAACAGACAUCAACAACUUUAAAUGGAACAACUAUCGAUCGAAGAGCGGCUGGUUAAGUUCAGAAACGAAAAAACCAAAACAAAUCCACUUCUUGACAGUACGACCACUCUUUCUAGACGUUUUGUUGCAUUUCGGAAUACAAUCCUUCCUCCUAAACCACUUGAUGAAAAUAGCAUGUCUACAAUCCCACUGGAAGAUGAUGAAGAAAAUAUUGUAUCUGAACUGAAAGCAGAACCCCCCACAAAUGUAACCAUCUCAAGGGCUUUGUUUAUUCUCAAAAUAAUUCUGUGGCUAAUUUUAUGGGGAUUCUUUGUUGAAAUCGGAUUUGGAGCUGUUUAUUUUAUUGUAUCAGCUUUUAUUUUUAUUUACAAAAAUACUAAUACUGGUUCCAAAAAGAAAACUGGUCCCAGUGCAUACUCAGUGUUCAAUCCUGACUGUGAACGUUUAGAUGGAACAUUUACUGCAGAACAAUUUGAAAAAGAAUUGCGAUAUGGUUCUGGAUCUGUAAAGUGAAUUGUAAAAUAAUAAAAAAAAAUCAAAUAUAUUUUUUUAAUAAAAUUACUAAAAAAAAAAGACUCUCCUAGUAUGUGAAAGGACGAUUUACUAAAACUAAUUUUUGUGGUACCAGUGGUGAAGUUUAAUCACCCAAAUAUAGGACUAUCUAUAUUUGAGUGAUUAAUCUUGGCCAUCUGUAAUUGGUGAUCAUGAACAGAUAAGUCUACAACCAGCAUAGAUUAACUGGCAGUGGCAAUGAUGAGGCUUUCGUCCACCAGUGGUUUGACAAGGCCUGAAAGGAAAGGAACUAAUUUUUUUUAAUUACUAUUUAGAUUACAUAUGAGUGCAUGAAUACGAAAUUUAAUUUCAUUUAGUAUACGAAAAUAAUUUAAAAUAAGUAAUUUUUGAAAUUAUAUUAACAAACAAAUUCAUGUUAGAUUUAUGCUUAGUUUGAAAUUGUUGCUGCUAUAUUUGAGUAAGACAAUUCUAAUAGUAAGAAGGGCAAAUAACUCAAACUUGGCUUGAUGGGGUUUUUUUUAAUACCUUCAUUUUAAACUGAUAACAAUGAGGAAUUGUAAUUGAAUUUAAUCUUUAAUGUAUGCAUGUUGUCAAUAACCAUUUUAAUGGAAGCAAUCAAUUAGUAUUUCUGAUUGUCAUUCUCCUUCUUUUGGAUGCUAUGUCCAUUUAACAUAGGACAUAGGUAAUCUUUGUUUUCUGUAACAGUUCCCCUUCCUGAUGUUUAAUGCCUCUUUUUUUCUCACCAUUUCAUCAAGCUUGAUAUCCAUAUCACCCUUCCUCUGCAUCUUUUCCCUUCAAUCUUUUCAGUCAUUGUUAAAUUCUUCUCUAGGCCCAAUUUCUUCAUCACAUGACCAAGAAAUGUCAGUUGCUUGACCCCUCUUUUAUCUCACAGCGCAGUUUCCUGUUUCCUGCAGCUCAUGUCAUCACUUCUCCAUUAAACAGACAAAAUAUCAAAUGAAGUAAUGACCCAAGCUGCAGUAAAUAGGAAACCGCUUCAUGAGAUAAGGGCCAGGUACCUGAGAUUUCUUGGUCAUGUGAUGAACAAAGUAGGCCUGGAGAAUCUGAUUGUCAUAUGAAUGUUUGAAAAGUAUAAAAAUUUCAAUUCUGAAAUGCUAAUUUUCACAAAUUUCAUAGUGUCCAUAGCAUUCUCAAUAUUAGUUAGGCAUGGCCACAUGAUAAGAAGCUAGCUUCCCAACCACAUGGCUCUAGGUUCAGUCCUGCUAUGUGGCACCUAGGGCAAGUGUCUUCUACUAUAGCCUCAGGCAAACCAAAGCCUUGUGAGUGGAUUUAGUUGAUGGAAACUGAAAGAAGCCUGUUGUAUAUAAAUAUAUAUGUGUGUGUGUUUGUCCCCUACCACUUCUUGACAACAAGUGUUAGUGUAUUUAAGUCCCCAUUACUUGGAGGUUCAGCAAAAGAGACCCAUAGAAUAAGUACCAGAUUUAGCAAAAAAAGAAAGAAAGUACUGGGUCAAUUCCUUUGACUAAAAAUUCUUCAAGGCAGUGCUCCAGCAUGGCCACAGUCUAAUGACGGAAGCAAGAUAAGAGAUAUACUUAAAGGGUUGAUUACUCAAGCAAGUGUCAUAAAAUGGAGAUAAGUUCCAAGCAAAAUGGGUUCAUAUUUAACUUUGCUUAUCUUCUAUUGCAAAGGCAUGAAAGUUACAACCUCCAAUCUCCAUCAUCAUCAUUUAGCGUCUGUUUUUCCAUGCUGGCAUGGGUUGGACGGUUUGACUGAGGACUGGCAAGCCAGGAGGCUGCACCAGGCUCCAGUCUGAUCUGGCAAGGUUUCUACAGCUGGAUACCUUUCCUAAUGCCAACUACUCUGAGGGUGUAGUGGGUGCUUUUUACGUGCCACCGGCACAGAGGCUAGUCAUGUGGCACUGGCAUCAACCAUGCUUGUAUGGUGCUUUUUACAUGCCACCAGCAGUGGGGGGGGGGCACUAAAAGUUUUUGUGGGUAUAGCUGUGUGGUUGAGAUGUUCACUUUCCAGUUACAUACUUCAAGUUCUGUCUCACUAUGCAGAACCUUGAGCAAGCAUCUUUUUAACAUGUCUUCCAUUGUGGCAUGGAUUGAACUGUUCAACAUGAGCUGGCAAACCAGAGGACUGCAUCGAGCUUCGGCGUUAUGGAUCUGUUCAGUUUUGAUCACAGAUUUUUCUUUAAUUAAACAGUUUGAAACUUCGUAUACUGGUGUAAUAUCUCAUGCUGAACAUGGUUUACUUUCAACAUUUUUGACAAAAUUUCAUGUUUUAGAAGUUAUUUCAUGUUUAAAGUUGUUGAAGAAAGCUACUGCCUGUGUUGCAUAUUACACGCUUUUAUUUUUUGGGGGUUCUCGCAUUGGAGUAACCAGUAAACAUCAAAGAAUCAACACCAAGAAGGAAGAAAUAUUAUUUACAUAUAGUUAUUUGUUUGUCUGUCAUGUAGUUAGAGAUGUAGUAGUUGUAGUGGUAGUGACAAGUUCAUUCACUGUUUGGUAGUUGAUAGUGUAUAAGUGGCUGUCUGCCAGUAGAGAGGAAAAGAGUAAAGAAUAGAUAAAGGUGGCAUCGUCUUUCUUGUGGCCAAAAGCUUCUCUUUUGUGUCAGCUAUGACCAAGGAGCAACACUUUCCCUUCGCUUGACAUACAAAUAGAGCAGAGUGGUGACAUUUAGUGGAGAUGACCUGGAAGUUGUUCCUCUUCGAUUACUAUCACAAACAGCAGUAGCUUUCUUCAACUGAAUACACAUUGUUGAUUGGUUAAAAUUAUCCAAAUAUGACAACUUCAACAUGAAAUAACUUUUAAAAUAUGAAAUUUUCUCAAAAAUGUUGAAAGUAAACCGUGUUCAGUGCGAGAAAUUGCACCAGCAUACCAAGUUUCAAACUGUUUAGUUAAAAAAAAAUAAUUAAAAUAUCAGUGAUGGAUCCAGCCUGGAUUAUUUCCACAGCUAGAUGCCUUUCUUAAUGUAUAUGCAUAUGUAUAUGAAUUGUGAUUGUUGUAAAUGAGUGUCACCAUCAUACAAGCAGUGUUCAUUGUUUCCAAUCAUCAUCAUCAUCAUUUAACGUCCGCUUUCCAUGCUAGCAUGGGUUGGACGAUUUGACUGAGGACUGGUGAACCGGAUGGCUGCACCAGGCUCCAAUCUGAUCUGGCAGAGUUUCUACAGCUGGAUGCUCUUCCUAACGCCAACCACUCCCUGUGAAAAUAUGUCUGGUCAUGGGGAAAUAUCGGCUUGCUUGGAAACUGGUGACAAGGGAAAAUUAUCAACAAAUUCCAUCCGACCCAUGUGAGAAUACAAGAGAGGACAUUAAAAUGAUGAUGAUGAAGUGUGUAUGUUUUUAUAUCUCUGCUUCUCUGAAAUAGUAAUCUACAAAGCAAUGAUAUUCUAAUUUCUCAUCAAAAAUUGUCAGCUUCAACAAUAUAUUAAUUUCACCUAUGCUAACAUGCAAUAACAAACAUACAAUGAAUCGAUGAACCUUUUUUAUAAAUUUGCUGUUGUGAAUAACUGUGAGAGAAGUGAAUUCUACCAAGCUAACUUGUUUUUAAUAUAUUACAUGAAAAUCCCAAAAGUCUUCCAAACUAUACCAAUGACUUAAUGAGGAUGGUCAUUAUGACCAUUUAAAAAUAAAAUAAGAUUUGUGUGUAUGA